AGAAGAAGAAGAAGAAGAAGAAGAAGAAGAAGAAGAAGAAGAGCAGCAGCUAACUGCAGCAGCUAGCAUGGACGCCGUGUCGCAGCUAGUGUUGGAGCACCUGACGGAGGUGGAGGAGGCUGCGGAGGAGGUGCUCAGCUCCAAGCAGCAGGUGGUGGAGCUGGACAGCAGGAGGAACAGGAACAGAGAGGCUCUGAGCGCGCUGAGGACAGAGGACACGGAGAAAGUGAAGAUUUGCUUCGGAAACAUGUUCCUCAAACUUCCCAAACUGAAGACUAGAGAGAUGAUUCAGAAAGACCAAGAGCAGCUGGACAAGGAGAUAAAUGAGCUUCGUAAAGGACUGAAAGCUAAAGUCAACCGUCUGAAUGAGCUGCAAGGUACCUGCCCCCCCUCUGGCCCUGUGACUCUUUUACAGAAUACACUUUCUCACUUAAUGCUGAGAGGAUACUUUUUUUCUGGCCCCAUAAAAUCGAGGUUCUUUCCCGGCCAACAACCAGGCUGA